AUGUCUGAAUUCUUUGACACAAUCGCCGACGUCGGCAGCGACGAGGAGGAGGAUGAGGACUUUGAUGGCGAGACUGGCGAAGGCUUCAUCGCCGAUGACGACGACGAAGAGGAGGAGGAAGUGGCAGAGCGCCGGCGCCGGCGCAAGAAGAAGAGAAAGAACCGCGAGGCCGAAGAGGCUCUCGACGACGAAGAUCUUGACCUGAUCGGCGUCGAGGUAGAACGCCCGGCCGAAGAACAGCGCCUCAAGCGUGGUCACAAGGAGCGCGUCAAGUCCCGGGGUGUCGACGACAUCUUUUCCGACGACGAAGUCAACGAAGACUACGAUGAGCCGCGGGCCCGGUUGGGCGACGAGUUUGACGACUUCAUUGAGGACGACAAGUUUGAAGACGAAAUCGAAGAUGACCGCGACGUCACACAACCAGGCAUAAAUCUAAUCACCAAGGGGCUGCAAGCUGCUGGACUCGAUGAGGGUGCCGAGGAAGACUACAGAGCUGCAUUUGGUGAUGGCACAGAUUACGACUGGGCGUUGGAAAUGCAAGAGGCCGAAGAGGACGAGCAAGCCGGCGAUGGCCGCGAACUGCAACUCAAGGACGUCUUCGAACCAUCACAACUGCAGGAGCGUAUGUUGACGGAUGAAGACAACAUCAUCCGCGAAACCGAUAUUCCUGAGCGCCUGCAAUUAGCCCGAAAGCCCUUCAAAGAGAUUGAGCUCACACCGGAGGACAUGCAGGCACGUCUGACCGAGGAGGCAACCUGGAUCAGUAAUAUGCUGUGGCCCAAGAAGGGUCUUCCAAGAUACUUUUUGCAGCCUUUUGAGAAGGCUGUGCGAAAGGUUCUCGAGUUUAUCAACCUGGAAGAUUAUGAAGUUCCCUUCAUCUUCAACCACCGAAAAGACUACCUCAUUCAUGCGCCGAGCGACAAUGAUUUUGAUGAUAUAGACAAUCCGCCACCUAUGGAUGCUCGGCCAGAGCGUCUGCUCAACCAGGCCGACUUGUGGGAGGUAUUUGAUUUCGACCUCAAGUUCAGGGCUUUUGCUGAAAAGCGUGAUGCUCUCAGGCAGAACUACGAGAACCUGAAGAGCGUCUAUCCUGAAAUUAACGACACUGAGAUUGACGAGUUGUCUUCCAGGGCCAUUACCAUUGAAGAAAUCCAAGAGCUCCAAGACUACCUGCAUUACCGAUACUCUCAGGAAAUCAACGAGGUUCGACAAGAAGUCAACGGAACACAGAAGCGUGCCAACAACGCCCGAAGCUUCUUCGACAAGCUGCGAAGCAGCAAGGCUAAUCAACUCGUUAAGGCAAUUGGCAUCACACCCGAAGACUUUGCGAAGAAGGUUGAUGGAACGAGCAGAGGCGCGUAUACCAUUGAAGACCCUCCAUACAAGGUCGAGGAGCUCGCCGAUCAGCUUGCCGAAGCUCCGGAAACGGGCGCUACCCUUUUGAGGUCCACAAAACUACUGUUUGUCCAAGAUCUACAAAUGUGCUCGCGGUUGCGCCGAUACUUGCGUGGCAGCUUCUACCAGAAUGCCGAAAUUGACUGCAUUCGCACUGACAAGGGCAUGCGGAAGAUCACCGAGGAUCAUCCCUACUACGAGUUUAAGUAUCUCCGCAGAGUCACCUUUUCGGAUCUUCAGGGUCGCCCAGAUCUGUUUUUGAAGAUGCUCAAGGCUGAAUCUGAAGGCCUUGUGCAAGUCAAGAUUUCCAUGGGCAACUACGCACAAUUCAAGGCUCGUUUGCAAGAGAAGAUCGUCUCUGACGGUGUCAGUGAGGUUUCUGAUACGUGGAAUGCUCUCCGUAAGGAGCUGCUCAACGUCGCACUUGACAAGCUUCAGACCGUCAUUGCAAACGGUGUCAAGGAGACUCUGCGUGCCAGAUGUGAGGAUGAGCUUGCGGCUUCAGCGAGAGAAAACUACUACAACAAACUUGAUCAGGCACCCUACAAGUUGAAGAGCGCCCCUCUUGGCUCAAUUCCAAAUGUCCUCUGCUUGUCCAACGGCAAGGGUCAGCGUGGAGACGCCAUCAUGUGGGCUUAUGUGGAGAACGACGGUCGUGUCCUAGAGCAGGGUCGACUAGUCGAGAUGCGCCUGGGCAAUGCUGAACGUGGUAUCCCCGAAGGACAAGAUAUCGAAAAGUUGGUUGAUGUUAUCCAGCGUCGACGCCCAGAUGUCAUUGGUGUCAGUGGCUUCUCGGUUGAGACUCGCAAGCUGUACAAGGACAUUCAGGAAAUCAUCAGUCAACGAAACCUGACUGGCCCUGCGUACGAGGAUGAGGAUACUGGUGAAGAGAGAAACGAGCCUCUGGAGGUCAUCAUGGUCAACGACGAAGUUGCUCGUUUGUACCACACCAGUGCCAGGGCGGCUGCAGAGUUCCCCAAGUACCCUGCGCUCACAAGGUACUGCAUUGCCCUGGGAAGAUAUCUGCAAAACCCACUCGCCGAGUACGCAUCGCUCGGCCGCGACAUUGUUUCUAUUCCUUUCAUUCCGAACCAGACUUUGAUACCCCAGGAGAAGCUUUUGGACCGACUAGACACUGCCAUGGUCGACAUGGUCAACCUCGUUGGUAUCGACUUGCCAGAGACUUAUGACGACAAGUACCUUUCGAAACUAAUACCAUAUGUGUGCGGUUUGGGACCUCGUAAGGCCGACAGGCUGAUCAAGGCUAUCCAAGCCAACAGCGACGAGAUUCUUUCACGAUUCGAUCUUCUCGGUGUAUCCGAGUCGCGCGACCUCAAGGCGGCUAUGGGCCCCAAGGUCUUCCAAAAUUGUGCCAGUUUCUUGUAUAUUCCUUACGACCCGACUGAAGAGUCAUCUGAUUACCUAGACUACACACGUGUACAUCCUGAGGACUACGAUCUGGCACGGAAGAUGGUCGCUGAUGCACUGAACAUGGACGAGGAGGAUGUCAAGGCAGAGACUGACGAGGGUGGUCCUAGUGCCGUUGUCAGAAAGAUGGUACGGGAAGAGACUACUGACUUAGUCAACGACCUGGCUCUGGAAGACUAUGCCGCCGAGAUUGAAAGGAAUUUCGGACAGCGCAAGCGUGCCACUCUUGAGACGAUCCGAGCCGAACUGGACAACCCUUACGAGGAGAUUCGACAAAUCUUUGCGCUACUGUCUGGUGAUGAGAUGUUCACCAUGCUGACUGGUGAGACAAAGGAGUCUCUCUAUGAAGGCAUGGUUGUUCCCGUUACCAUCAAGCGAACAUUCCCCGACCACAUUGAAGUCAAACUCGAGUGUGGAAUUGAAGGUGGCGUGUCGGAAUCAGAGUUCCCAGAGGGCGUUGGCAGUGGCGGACAGGAGCCUCGUCACGUCUACUCAAGUCACCAGAUUGUGCGCGCGCGUAUUGUCUAUCUCAACCGUAAAGCCCUUACUGCACAGUUGUCGCUUCGAGAUGAUCUCAUCCGACAACCGCAAAAGAAGCCUUACGACCGUGCAGCUGGUGAGUGGGACGAAGCACAAGAGAUGCAGGACAAGAAGGCGGCCGAGAAGGAAAAGGAGGUUGCAUCUGGCCGACCCAACCGUGUCGUCAACCACCCUCUCUUCUUCUCUUUCAACACAGUCCAAGCGGAAGAGUACCUCGGUGGCAAGGAAACGGGCGAUCUCGUCAUCCGGCCGUCGUCCAAGGGGUUCGACCAUUUGGUCGUAACAUGGAAGGUCUCCAACAACGCCUAUCAACAUCUCGACGUACUGGAAAUGAACAAGGCCAACCAAUUCUCACUCGGCAAGCAGCUCAAGAUUGGAAAGCACACGUAUUCGGAUCUCGACGAGUUGAUUGUCAAUCACGUCGAGGCCAUGGCUCGCAAGGUCACGGAGCUCACCCGAGACGAGCGAUUCCAGCCAGGUACUCGGGAGGAUACCGAAAAAUGGCUAGAAAACUACUGCGAAGCCAACCCGUCUCGCUCAAUGUACGCGUUUUGCAGCAUGCCCAAGUACCCCGGUCACUUCUGGAUCUGCUUCCAGAUGAGCGCCAAGGGGCCUAAAGGUGCAUGGGGCAUUAAAGUGGUACCGAAUGCGUUUGAGUUGCAGAAGCAUGUGUAUCCUGAUAUGGUUGCGCUGAAGAAUGGGUUCAAGAUGUUGGUUAGUGCUGCGGCGAGUAAGGGGCCUGUGAGGAGGUAG